AUGUCUGCGAAAGCGAUGGCUAAAGUCAUGAUCGUCAUGCUGGCAGUUGGUCUUCUUGCCCAAAUAGACGGGAAACCCGUUAAGAAGAGAGCUGUCAGUGAAAUACAGCUGAUGCACAACUUAGGCAAGCACCUGGCCUCUAUGGAGAGGAUGCAAUGGCUGAGAAAGAAGCUGCAAGAUGUACACAAUUUUGUCAGCCUUGGAGUUCAAGUGGCUGCCAGAGAUGGUGGUUUCCAGAGGCCCACCAAGAAAGAGGAAAAUGUCCUUGUUGAUGGCAACCCAAAAAGUCUUGGAGAGGUAGACAAAGCUGAUGUGGAUGUAUUAGUUAAGGCGAAGCCUCAGUAA